UCCAAGAAUCAUCUCUCACAGUCACCAACCGAACCUAUACAUACACUCCUGUGUAUCUAUACAUUUCACAAAAAAAUUAAAAAAAAUUUAAAAAUAAAAAUAAAAAAAUCGUUAAAUGUUACGGAAAAGAUGACGACGAAGCGAUUCAGUAUAGGCUAUGCUUUAUUAUUGAAGAAACAAAAGAGUUUUAUUCAGGAAUCGUUAGUGGAUUUAGCGAAAUCACGUGGAAUCGAUCUGAUUAAGAUCGAUACAAACAAGGAUUUGAUUGAUCAAGGACCGUUCGAUUGCGUACUUCACAAAUUGUACGGUGACGAUUGGCGUAAACAGCUCCGUGAGUAUCUGAUUUCUAACCCUAACGCUAUUGUUAUUGAUUUGCCUGAUGACAUACAGCGUUUACAUAAUCGUAUUUCUAUGCUUGAUGUUGUUUCCGAAAUUCAAAUUAAUAUGAAUAUGAAUAAGUUUGAUGAUAAUGAUGAUGUUGAGUUGAGUGAAACGGCGUCGUUUGGGAUACCGAAACAAGUAGUUAUAUAUGAACCUGAGAAAUUGAGAUUAGGUGAAAAGGAUAAGGAAGGAAUGAUAGGAGGAUUGAAGUUUCCGGUGAUAGCGAAGCCGUUAGUGGCUGACGGAAGUGCGAAAUCGCAUAAGAUGUUGUUGAUUUUUAGUAAUGAAGGAUUUGAGGAGUUGAAACAUGCUACUGUGUUACAGGAGUUUGUGAAUCAUGGAGGAGUGAUUUUUAAGGUGUAUGUGGUGGGGAAAUAUGUGAAAUGUGUGAAAAGGAAGUCGUUACCGGAUAUUAGUGAAGAGAAGUUGGAGAGUUUGAAAGGAUCGUUGUCGUUUUCACAGGUGUCGAAUUUGACUAGUGAUGAAAGGAAUGAUGAUAAGUACUAUUACAAGAUGAUUGACUUGGAUAUGCCGCCAAUGAGUUUGAUUACGAAUAUUGCGUGUGGGUUGAGGAAGGCAAUGAAGUUGCAUUUGUUUAAUUUUGAUGUGAUUAGGGAUACGAAAGUUGGGAAUAGGUAUCUUGUUAUCGAUAUUAACUAUUUCCCUGGGUAUGCAAAGAUGCCGGGUUAUGAGUCUGUGCUUACUGAUUUCUUUUGGGAUGUUUUGAAUAAGAAAGAAGCAAGGUGUUUCGACAGUGACAAGGAGUUUAUGAAGUUAGUGGAUAAUGAUGGCGGUUGUGGUGAAGAUGAAGGCUCGUGUACUGUUUCUUCGGCUUAGAGGGAAGGAGAAUCGGAAGAGGAAUGACGAUUAACGUGGAGAUUGAAGGUCGAGGUCUAAGGCGAUUCUUGAUCUUUUUGAGUUUGUUGAUCAAAAGGAGGUUUUUCUGUGGGCGAAAUGGCGAAUGAUGAUCUUUAGAUAGUCGUUAGUACAGGGGUUAUGGAUAGAGUUCGGUUCUUUUACUUUUGCUUUCGCCUCCUAAUGGCAGUUUACUUGGUGUUCCUUAUUGAUCAUGUACAUCUCAUCGUUCGCUUUGGAGAUAGGUACUUUUAUAAAUUCUCCUUAAGUUUGUAGGAAGGCUAAGUCUCUUUACAAGGCAUAUUAUAUUCCGUGUUUUGGGAACUAUUAAUUGUGUGCCUUGGCAGCUUUGAUCAAUGAAUUUUGCCUUAUGAAUGAUAA